UCUGAAUCAUUUUAAACAAACAGAAGUACCCUGAGCUCCCAGCAGGAGAAAAAAAAAAUAACGCUCCCGUGUUAAUAAGUAUAUAUUACUAUAACUGAAUGGCAGUGGUCUGCUUGUUAUGCACAUGUAGAUUAAUUGGUGGACGGAUGUAUUUAUAGGCACCUACCGCUGUUUCUGCAAUGGAAGUAAACAGGGACGAGGCGGAGCGCUGCAUUGACAUUGCAGCCGCAGCUUUUAGGAGUCAUCAGCUGGAAAAGGCGUUGAGGUUCCUGGACAAGGCACAGCGACUUUACCCAACAGAGAAAGCUCAAGCACUGCUGGACCUGAUAGCAAAGAAUGGCUUUACACCCAGAAAUGGUGGCCACUCAAACUUCAAUGGCACUCCAGGGCCUCGACAGUGGCACACCCCCUGCAAGGACACAAAAGCAGAAGAACAGCCUACAGAAACCUCCAAAUCUUACACAUCAGAGCAGCUGGAGGCAGUGAGAAGAGUAAAACAAUGCAAAGACUACUAUGAAAUCCUUGGGGUCCAGAAAGAUUUCUCUGAGGACGAGCUGAAGAGGUCGUACAGAAAACUGGCUUUGAAAUUCCAUCCUGACAAGAAUCACACUCCGGGCGCAACAGAGGCAUUUAAAGGUGUUUUAAUCAGGAAAGUGAAACAUGAGGCGGAUGCCGAAUUAACUUCGAAUUGUUGUUUUCUCACAGCUAUCGGUAAUGCCUAUGCUGUUCUGAGUAAUGCAAACAAAAGAAAGCAGUACGAUCAAUGGGGAGAAGAGGGAAGGCAUCCUUCAAGUAGCGGCCCAGAGAAUGGAAAUUUCGAGCCAGACAUCUCACCUGAGGACCUCUUCAACAUGUUCUUCGGGGGAGGCUAUCCAUCGAGUAAUGCUCAUGUAUAUACUAAUGGACGUAUGCGUAACCAGAGGCGGGAGAGAAGAGAGCGACCAAGAGAUGGAGGUCUGGCUAUCUUCGUGCAGGUCAUGCCCAUCCUCAUCCUAGUGAUCGUGUCGGCUCUCAGUCAGAUAAUGGUCAACAGCCCCUCCUACAGUCUCAGCUUCAGGCCGUCAGCAGGCUACACCCAGAAGAGGUUGACUGAGAACCUGAAGGUGCCAUAUUAUGUGGGGGAGCAUUUCUCCAAAGAGAUCACUGGUGUGAAUCGGAAAAAUCUAGAACGAAAUGUGGAGGAUGACUACAUUUCAAACCUCCGCAACAACUGCUGGAAAGAGAAACAACAAAAGGAAGGAAUGCUCUACAGAGCUCGUUAUUUUGGAGACAGCGAGCUGUACCAGAGAGCGCAGAGGGCUCGAACUCCAAGCUGUGCCAAGCUCUCAGAGAUCACAGCCUCCUCACAUUAAAGCAUUACUAACCCUACAUUGCUUCUCCACAGUAGCUUUAGCUCUGAUUAUCUUUCCUCUUGUUGCCUUUCAAUUACUAGAAUCACCCCAAAUCACAACUAACAGGCUAUAAAUACAUAAGCUUCAACAACCUCAAGGCAACAUAGCUACAGACUGAAAAAAACUAACCCCCUCCUCUCUAAUUUCUAUAGAGAUUAGGUUUAUGAGAUUAACAUACGAUUCUUUAUACAUAUAUAUUGCUAUGAAAUGAAAAAAGCCAUCUAUCACAUCUUGACAAGCAAACAAGAUGUAGAUUUAAUGUGAAGCCUGAAAGAAUGGAAGCCAUGCAGACAAAGAUUGCUUCAUCUCUGUAAGAGUUACAGCCUAGAGCCAAACCAGAAGAAAAUGUUAUAAAUAGAAAUGCGGAUGCUAUUUACACAGCACUUAAAGAGAUGCCAUGUUGAAUGCUUCCUUUUUUUAUUUUAUGCAUUCAGAGGAGACGUUUUCUCCACUGACUAUGAAUGCACAUUCUAACUAUGCAGGAAUAUUAGUGUAACUUCUGAUAAAUAUGUUCACUUGCAGUUUGGGCUCAGUUAGACUCCGUGUUUUGUUUCUGUGCAGAUGAGAGAGAAUAAUUGGAGGAUAAUCCGAUCACUUUUUGCCCUUUGAUUAAAUGAAGGACAUCCAUGUGUUACCUCACUUCACUGUAGAUACAGAACCUUG